AAAGGAAAGUGGGUGAGUGCUGAUAGUAUACUUGUGCAGGGAGAGCGACAGAGACAAGGAGGUUUCCAACUGGCCGCUUGAAAAGAAGUUCGUUUUUUAUUCCCUUCCCCCCUACCAACACACACACACAACACAACCGGCCAGCAUAAAGCGGCUACAGGUUGAAUUUGCAUUUCGCCCGUCGAAUCCCUCCUCAUCGCUGUGAUCAUGAAGUUCUUGUGGACUUCCCUGUGUGCCGUUCUUCUCGCUUCCGUUGCGGUGAAUGCGCAGAUUAACCAAAUUCGCAACGCUCAAAACGCUGCAGCCAAUAACGCAGCACGUCGACCUGUCGAGUCGAACGUGACACCAGCACCGACGAUCGUCGAUGACGAUAGCUUCGAAAAGGAAUUAUGCAAAGCCAAAGAAGCUGGCGAAUGGUUCCGUUUGCAGGCCGGUGAGGGCGACAACUGCCGUGAUGUCAUUCAGUGCACAUCUUCGGGUUUGCAAGCCAUCCGUUGCCCAGCUGGACUCGCUUUCGACAUCGAGAAGCAAACGUGCGACUGGAAAGAACAGGUCAAGAAUUGCCUCAUCAAAGAGAAGGUUCGUAAAUUGAGGCCCAUCUUGUCCACUGACGAGCCCCUCUGCCAGGAAGGCAUGUUGGCCUGUCACGACGGCACUUGCAUCGAGCGCAGCCUCUUCUGCAACGGCGUCCCAGACUGUACCGAUGGAUCGGACGAGAACUCUUGCGAUUUGAGCAACGAUCCUAACCGAGCCCCGGCUUGCGAUCCAGCCGUCUGCCUGUUGCCCGAUUGCUUCUGCUCCGAAACUGGCACGGAAGUUCCAGGCAAACUCGAUUCGAAACAGGUGCCCCAGAUGGUCAUGGUGACGUUCGACGACGCCAUCAACAACAACAACGUCGAACUGUACAGGGACAUGUUCAACGGCGUGCGCAAAAACCCCAACGGCUGCGACAUUAAGGCCACCUUCUUCGUCUCGCACAAAUACUCCAACUACUCCGGUGUCCAGGAGAUCCACCGCAAAGGUCACGAGAUCGCCGCCCAUUCCAUCACUCACAACGAUGACGAGUCUUUCUGGUCCACGGCCUCGGUGGACGACUGGGCCAAGGAGAUGGCCGGCGCUCGUCUGAUCAUCGACAAGUUCGCCAACAUCACCGACAAUUCGAUCGUCGGUAUGCGCGCCCCUUACUUGCGUGUCGGCGGCAACAACCAGUUCACCAUGAUGGAAGAGCAAGCGUUCUUGUACGAUUCGACCAUCACGGCGCCGCUGCAGAACCCGCCCUUGUGGCCGUACACGCUCUACUUCCGCAUGCCCCACCGUUGCCACGGCAACUUGCAAAAGUGCCCGACACGCAGCCACGCCGUCUGGGAGAUCGUCAUGAACGAGUUGGAUCGCCGUGAAGACCCGACCUUCGACGAAGACCUGCCCGGCUGCGCCAUGAUUGAUUCGUGCUCCAACAUCCUGUCGGGCGAGCAGUUCUACGCCUUCCUCAACCACAACUUUGACCGCCAUUACACCCAAAACCGGGCGCCGCUCGGCCUUUUCUUCCACGCCGCUUGGCUCAAGAACAACCCCGAAUUCAUGGACGCCUUCCUCUUCUGGAUGGACGAGAUCCUGGCCAAGCAUAGCGACGUCUACUUCGUCACGAUGACGCAGGUCAUUCAGUGGAUCCAGAACCCGCAGACGAGCGGCGAAGUCAAGAACUUCGAGCCGUGGAAGGAGAAGUGCUCGCCGGUCGGACCCUCCGCCUGCGCCGUGCCCAACUCGUGCGCCCUGACCACCAAGGAACUGCCCGGUGAGACGCUCAGACUGCACACUUGCAAUCGUUGUCCACCCAAUUAUCCAUGGCUCAACGAUCCCUCUGGUGAUGGCUUCUUCUAAGAGAAGAUUGAGAGAAAAUGAGCGAUAUUUCUUUUUUUUGUUUUGAAAUAUCGACAACAACAAAACAAAUUUCAACAAAACAAAUGAAAGAAGAGGAUUUAAAGAAGAAAAAAAUAAUGAUUUCUCGAUCAACAUCACAUUUUACAAAAUAGCAAAUAAAUAGCCUCGAUUGACGAUGACAGAGGCGGCACUGUACACUUGAAAAUUGUUAAGACGAAGACGAAACAAAUGAGAGAUUAAAAAUACAACUUAAAAAAAAAAACCAAAA